CGGAGGAAGCGGCAGGGAGGGACUGGUCUGCGGGAGCCGGUUUAAAGGUUGACGUUUGUGUGCGGGAAGAGCGGCGCGCAUCCAUCGGGCGAAGCGGUGCCUGAGCCGAGCGAUUCUCGCCGAGAAGGUCGGUUCGUUCAUGCUCCAGACCAUGGACAGACUCAGCGUGUUGGAUCAGCUCCUUCCUGAGCUUAAUGUACUGCUCAAGCUGUUGGACCAUGAAUAUUUGAGUUCCACCACUAUGGAGAAGAAAACAGCGGUCUCAAAUAUCUUACAGAAGUUGCAGCCUCCUGCAGGGAAGGAUGUGAACUAUAUGUAUAUGAAUACAGCAACCCUACAUAAUGGCACUAGCUUUGUGGAGUCGCUCUUUGAGGGCUUUGACUGUGACCUGAGCAAUCUUCAGGACAUGCAAGAAGAUGAUGGGGAUGCCAAAGAAGGCAUCAGUUUGGAGCUGUCAAGGAGUCAGUCAGCUAAAAGCGUUUCUGGGGAGCCUCCUCCUCCACUGCCCACUACUCCACCUCCAGAAGAUUACUAUGAGGAAGCCCUGCCACUGGGCCCAGGCAAAGCCCCUGAGUACAUUACAUCCCACAACAGCUCCAGUCCCCCCAACUCAAUAGAGGAUGGCUAUUAUGAGGAUGCCGACAGCAACUACCCAGUCACCAGAAUGAAUGGAGAACAGAAAAACUCUUACAAUGACUCUGAUGCAAUGAGCAGCUCCUACGAGUCUUACGAUGAGGAGGAGGAGGAUGGGAAAGGCCAGAGGUUAACACACCAGUGGCCAUCAGAGGAAGCUUCCAUGAACCUGGUGAAGGACUGCAGGAUUUGUGCUUUCCUGUUGCGCAAGAAGCGCUUUGGGCAGUGGGCCAAGCAGCUGACGGUCAUCAAGGACAACAAACUGUUGUGUUACAAGAGCUCCAAGCACAGGCAGCCCCACCUUGAGGUGCCCCUGAGCGUGUGCAGCGUGGUCUACGUGCCAAAGGACGGACGGCGCAAGAAGCACGAGCUGCGCUUCUCCCUGCCGGGAGCCGAGGCCUUGGUGUUGGCAGUGCAGAGCAAAGAGCAAGCGGACGAGUGGCUGAAGGUGAUAAAGGAAGUGAGCAGUCCCAAUGGAGGAGGGCCGAGUGGGACCGAGGUUCCUACAUCUCCUAUGCUAACAUGCAAGAUGGACCAUGACAAGAGGUCAUCUCAGGACAAACAUACCUCUGACUCUGACAGUGUGGCAACAGCCGAAAACUGCUCUUCUGUGGCUCGGAGGGAGGCCCAUGAGCAAGGGAAAGGCAAAAAAAGCGGCUUGGCUGAGUUGAAGGGCACUGUAAGUCGAGCAGCUGGGAGGAAAAUCACCAGAAUCAUCAGCUUCUCCAAGAAGAAGCCAUCCCCAGAGGACACCCAGACAUCCUCUACAGAGGAAGACAUCCCAUGCUGUGGCUACUUGAAUGUUUUGGUUAACCAGUGCUGGAAGGAACGUUGGUGCCGUUUAAAAGGCAACAUGCUUUAUUUCCACAAGGACCGCACGGACUUAAGGACGCAUGUGAAUGCCCUUGUCCUGCGGGGUUGUGAGGUGGCACCAGGCCUGGGCCCGAAGCACCCCUUCGCUUUCCGCAUCCUUCGCAAUGGGCAAGAGGUUUCGGCCUUGGAGGCGAGCAGCUAUGAAGAUCUGGGGCGCUGGCUUGGGCUGCUGCUGGUUGAAACUGGUUCCCAGACAACCCCAGAGGCCUUGCAUUAUGACUACGUGGAUGUGGAGAAAAUAUCCAACAUCAUCAAUGCUGUGCGACACUCCUACAUAUGGGCCAGUUCCUCCCUUGAGAACCAAACAGACUCUUCCCGUGUAUUAUAUGACGAAGUUCCCUAUGAGAAGGUGGAGGUAGAAAAGUCGGGGCGGCCAUCGGGAUCCCAGGUGAAGCGCCACGGCUCCUCCUGCAGUGAGAAAUCACGCCGUGUGGACUCACAGGUUAAAGUCAAGCGCCAUGCGUCAAAUGCCAAUAACUACAAGUAUGGCAAGAACCGGGCUGAGGAAGACGCCAGGAGGUUCCUAACUGAGAAGGACAAACUGGAGAAGGAGAAGGCCUCCAUACGGAAUGAGCUUAUGAGCCUGCGCAAGGAAAAGAGGGAGCUGCGAGAGGCCAUGAAGAGUAGCUCAGGGAAAGACCUGAAAGAGCUGGAGCAUCGUGUACAAACCCUGGAGGAGCAGUGCAAAGCCAACGAGGCCAGACGCGUGGACCUCGAGCUCAAGCUGACGGAGGUGAAAGACAGGCUGAAGCAGUCGCUGGCAGGAGGGCCAGCGCUGGGGCUCACGGUCGCCACCAAAGCUGAAAACAAGGAGACUGUAACCCAGCCCAAUGGAAACCCCCCAGAGCACUUGGUCCCGGUUAACUGUGCAGCAGAAAUGAGGAAGCGAAGCCCUUCCCUCCUCCCUGCCAACAAAGGGAACGUUCUGCAGAAGGCCAAGGAAUGGGAAAUGAAGAAAACAUAAAGGAUCACUGGGGCCCUAUCCCUGAGGAGAACUCCUCUCAAGCAUUGGGACACACUUGGGAAAGGCAAGCGCCUUUCCUCUCUCAAGGGAACUGCGGAAGGAUGUUGAGAAACUUGGUUCUUCAGCAGGGAGAGCAGCCACCCUCCAGCGAAUGAAGGGUUAACAAGCCGAUGAGCUUUGGAGAACUGGUGUGGGGAACGGGGAGGGAGGGAGUUUGGGAAGCAGGGUGGGGAAGGGCAAUCCUUUCAAGGGUCUUUUUUUAAAAGGUGUUCUCAGAAUACUCUUAUUUGAGUGGCCUGGGAGCAGCAUCUCAAAUAGGCCAACUAACUGGACUGAUCUGUUUUGCUCUUGGUGAUGAAACAGUGUGAAUGUUUUGGUUCGGUGGGGAGAGAUGACGACAAUGAUGGCGAGAUGGUUUGGAGAUCUGCCAAAGUCCUUGGGCAAGUCACCUUUUUAACUUUCUUGCUGCAGCUCCUCUCUCAUGGGAAGCCAGGUCAGCAUCCCUCACCUCUAGGAAACGAGGCAUGACACAGAAGUGCCUUGCAGUCAAUCCUCUCGACGGCUGCUAUUUAAGGCCCAUGAUACUGUCAGCCUGUGUCCCUGUCCUGCUUUCUGCAAGGCCAGAACUAGGCAACUACUGUUGACUUAGACAAAGAGCCCAACAGGGAAACAUCAUCAUCAAUGUGAUGUUUUAUUUUAAAUCUCAGGACUGUCAGUAUUGACCUAUACUAGGAGUACAGUGUCCACUUCCAUGGUCUCUCUCAGGCUGCCUUUUAAGAUUUUUUAAUGUAUCAGAUAAGAUCAAUAGCUGCAGACAGGCAUGGAGUAUUUUUUCUUUUUUUACAGUCCAGAAAGUUCUCCUUCCCAUCUGUUGUUGCACUCCAUUUGUCUGCUUCCUUUCUGCUAUUUGCUGCUUAGCAAAGCUGGAUUCACAUUCAAUGACAAGUGAGAACGGAGAGUGAACAAAUGGACUGACACGGCGAGAGAAACGGCUGCUGCAAAAUGCGUCAGAACAUUUUUUUGGUUUCGACAAAGGUGAAACCCAAAGUAAAUGCCUGCAGUGAUCCUCCUGUUGUACCAUUCCAACGGAACGGAAGCUGUAGCGACCUACUUUUCUUGUAUAGCGGGAUGUGGGUGGACUGUUUAUCUCUUUCUGGAUGCAUAUUGUGGCAUACCUUUUAUUUAAGAAUUGUCUGCACUUUAUGAUCUGGAUCUUCUCCCUGUCUGUCCCCCCAAUAAAAGAUGAUCUUUGU